UGAGGCAUGUAUGGUACUGGCAUCACCUCACUGAGUAAAUGGAAAUCACAUCGACCGAGCCCUCCCUGGGAGGCAGCAGCAGUAUUAAUCCAAUCUCCGAUUCCUUUCACUAGAGAAAUCUCUUGAAGAGGAGGGAGAAAGAGACAGGACAGAAAGUGCUCAACCCAGCUUAACAAAAGAGACCCCGAGCUCAAAACGCCACCCGAACUGCUACCAGAGGAUAACAUUGAAGCUAUUCCAUAGCUCACACUGGAAGCUCAUCAUGAAAUCUCUCUUGGAAGCCCUUUCAGACACAACUUUCCGGACAAUCACUACCGACCUUCUUUAUAUUGCGUCCAAUGAGGUACAGUACGACGACAGUAAUCCGGGCCUCAACAUGACGAAACUUGGUUAUGUGACUCAGAAUCUGCACUCCUCCCUUGGAAAAGGCAAUGCCUACCUGGAGAAAAUGACCUCAGGGGAGGAACUGAUGUCCAAUGCUAACCUCCACGAUUCAAUGAAUGCCAGUAGCUUCCUGUACAACCAAUCAAUUAUGAAUGAUGAAUCGACGAUAAAGUGUGGAGAAAACUUCAUGGACAUGGAAUGCUUUAUGAUCCUGACCCCAAGUCAACAGAUGGCAAUUGCUGUGUUGGCAUUGACAUUGGGGACUUUCACAGUACUCGAGAAUGUACUGAUUCUAUUGGUCAUUAUCCGAUCGCGCAGCCUCAGAUAUAAACCAUCUUAUCACUUUAUCGGCAGCCUGGCAGUUGCUGAUCUUCUGGGCAGCGUGAUUUUUGUGUAUAGUUUUGUCGAUUUCCACGUAUUUAAAACAAAAGACAGCCCGAGUGUCUUCCUGUUCAAACUGGGCGGCGUAACGGCCUCAUUCACGGCUUCAGUGGGCAGCCUCUUCCUGACCGCCAUAGAUCGCUACAUCUCCAUUCACAAGCCCCUAGCCUACAAGAGGAUUGUCACGCGGCCAAAAGCAGUUGUCGCCUUCACGGUUAUGUGGAGCAUAUCUGUUAUCAUCGCCGUCCUCCCUCUGUUGGGGUGGAACUGCAAAAAACUGAACACUGUCUGCUCCGACAUCUUCCCGCACAUCGAUGAGAAUUACCUCAUGUUCUGGAUAGGUGUUACUAGCAUCUUGUUGAUUUUUAUCAUCUAUGCCUAUGUCUACAUACUGUGGAAGGCCCACGCUCAUGCAGUGCGCAUGAUUCAGCGAGGCACACAGAAGAGCAUUAUUAUCCAGGGGCCCGAGGGCACCAAGGUGCAAACUGUUCGACUCGAUCAAACCCGCAUGGACAUCCGGCUGGCCAAGACGCUCGUCCUCAUUCUUGUCGUUCUCAUUAUCUGCUGGGGUCCUCUCCUGGCCAUCAUGGUGUACGAUGUCUUUGGGAAAAUGAACAAGCUGGUCAAGACGAUAUUUGCCUUCUGCAGUAUGCUGUGCUUGCUCAACUCCACAGUCAAUCCUAUCAUCUACGCUCUGAGGAGCAAAGACCUGCGGCACGCUUUCCGCAGCAUGUUCUGCUCCUGUAAGGGAGCCUCGGCCCAGCCAUUAGAAAACAGCCUGGAGUCAGAUUGCCAACAGAAGACGAGCUAUCCUGGCAGCAUGCAAACAGCAGCGAGGAACUGCAUCAAAAGCACUGUGAAAGUAGCUCAAGUGGCCAUCUCGGUCUCGACGGAGACAUCAGCUGAGGCUGUGUGAGCGUAGAGAUCUGAAGGAUUAAUGUCGACAAUAAUUCAGAGAAGAUCAAGCCACAUUUCUCUAAAGAUCCCUUAAAAAAAAAAAAGCCUCCGGCUGUAUUUCCGACAAUUUGCCAUAACGACACUUGUGUUAACUUGGAAUCUGCAGCAAAAACCAAUUUAGUAAUCGUUUCCACCCACCCGGCUCUCCCACAUCAAAUGGGAGCCAAGCUGUUGAUUUGAAAAAAUUGGUUCACACUGUAAUACUAAAAACAGUAAUAUAUGUGGGGAUAUAGUAAAUCUCAUUAUACUCCUGUCGUUUAGGACACAACUAAGUUAUCUGGAAACCAAGAAGUCCUUUUAAGAAUUUCAAGCAAAUUAAUAUCUGUCACAUGUACAACAAUAAUACAGGUACUUCCCAGAUCUUCCUUCAAGAGAAUCCAAACCAAUUUGCAUUUCAUGGAUUUUUUUUUUCACAUUUAUGAUACUGCUACUCAGGCCAGAGUCUGAGGUAGCGUUUAGCUUCAUCUCUCAAUUGCAACUGAUCAGAACAAAGCAACAUAUGAGGACACUCCCCAACAAUAUUGUACUUACUGAUCAUAACAAGCCACUUUGAUAAAUUGGUCUAACAUUGAUGUCUUCAGAGACGUACCCCCUCUGAUAUUAAUAUUUCAAAUUACAGCUCAGUGUCUAUUAAAAAUGAAAUUAUGUAUCAAUUAUAUCCCAGAAACUAAGUUAAUUUUCUCUCUUCUUUCUUGGUCAUGUGGCAGAUAUUGACCUGAUCAAUUCAUUUUCAUAUGCAACACUGUUCAUUGCAUGUAUAUAAAAUGAUAGCUUAACAAAUAUAAUAUUGAUAUAAUUCCAAUUGCUUGCUCCCAAGACCUUUUAAAUAUUGGAUGAAGGAACUCACAAAAUUAAAGUGAAUAAUUGUGAAGUUAUCUAAUAUUAUUAAUGCCAUUGGAGUCAUGGCGCGAAUGCCAUGCAGUUAUCCCACGUGUUUAAUGUUGUAAUCUGAAUUCAGAAUAAUACAUGAAGUAUGGUAUCAAUCAGACAAAACUAAUAAGGAGGAAACUAAAUAUAAGUAAAUGUGCAUUCAUUUAAUAUUUUAAUACUACUUACCAAAAUGUGUUAAUGGUAGUUAAAGGCCACCUUCCUUUCUAAAUUCACUCAUUGUUUGCCGUAAUUAAUCAGGUGCUUUUGAGUUCCGGGAGCUUAAUUGCCAGCCACAGCUCUAUCUUUUAAAGUCACUAUAAUCUGCUUGUUUGAAAUAGUAUUGUACAGAUGCUGCCAGUAUGGCUUGAUAUAAGCAGAAAGCAUGUGCUAAAGAAAUGACUUCUUUCUAGACUCCACUCUUGAUCCUAAUGAAUGCAGCACAGGUAAACCUGUUUCUUUUUUAAAUUUAUUAUAGAGCUUUAGAAAUUAUUCCAUCAUUUAAUGUAUGAUGGAAUGAAAGGGUGAGUGGAAGACCCUGGUGACUACUGUCUGACCCAAGAGCAGAUGAAAGGUGUUCAUUACUUUGUGAGGCUUGUCUGCCAACCAGCUUAACUCAAGCAUUUAUAUUGUCUGAGUUAUGUCAUGCACUCGUUUAUCAGUAGGUAUGUUAAUACUACACAAUCAUUUCGAUGUCAAUCAGUUUUACUGACACUAUAUCCUGAAUUCCAAGGAAAAAUCACUCAACGUAGUUGGAGAAAUAAUGUUUGUACUCAAGAAAUUAUGUUGCUGUGUGACUUGUUUUAAGUGAUAUGGGGACCUUCUUUGAAGAAGUUAUUUAUUCACAUGGAAUAUUUAUGAUUGAAUCCUAAGAAAUCAUUUCUCAUGUCAAUAGCUUACUGCCACACAAUUGGUGUAUAAAGAACACGUCAAAUUGAUUUCAUUGAACCAUAUUGUAAAGUUUUCUCAGAACUGCAUAUUUAAACACAACUUUGCAGAUGACACUAUAGUGGGUUGUAUCGCAGAUAGUGAAGAUGGUUAUCAAAAAUCACAGCGGGAUUUUGAUCAGUUGGGCAAGUGGGCUGAGAAGUGGAUCAUGGUUUUAAUGCAGAUUUAAGUGAGAUGUAGCAUUUUGGGAAGUCAAACAAGGGCUGCAACUUCCCAAUGAAUGUCACUGCCUUGGGGAGUGUU